AUGGCAGAAUCUUCACCAACAAAAGCGGAAAAAAACAGGAGACAGAGGAGAGAUGAAUCCCCAUUAAUGUCAUCCUCCAGUGAACCACUGACUGAGGAGCUUCAGUGCUCUAUAUGUCUGGACGUGUUCACUGAUCCAGUCAGCACUCCAUGUGGACACAACUUCUGCAAGACCUGUCUGAAUAAACACUGGGACAACAGCCAGACCUGCAACUGUCCAUAUUGUAAAGAAACAUUCAAGCAAAGACCUGAUCUCAAGAUUAAUACCACACUCAGAGAGGUCGUAGAUCACUAUAAAAAGAAACGUCCUGAAAAAAAAAGUGCGAUUAUUAGUGAAGUUGUGUGUGACUAUUGUGAGGAAACAAAGCUGAAAGCCCUAAAGUCGUGUGUGGUGUGUCAGAGCUCUUACUGUGAAACUCACCUGCAGCCUCAUUUGAGAGUGGCAGGUUUAAAGAAACACAAACUGAUGGAUCCUGUGAGUAAUCUGGAGGACUAUAUAUGUCAGAAACAUGAGAGACCUCUGGAGCUGUUCUGUAGAGAUGAUCAGACAUGUGUGUGUCUGAUGUGCACUGCGACAGACCACAAGAACCACAACACUGUUCCUAUAGAGGAAGAGAGUGAAGAGAAGAAGACUCAACUGAUAAAGACACAGAAAGAUGUGCAGCAGAUGAUCCAGGACAAAAUUAAGAAGAUUCAAGACAUCAAAAACUCAGCAGAAAUCAGAAAGCAGAGAGACACAGAGAAGGAGAAAGCAGCCCAUGUCGAGCUCUUCACUGAUCUCAUCCGCUCCAUUGAGAGAUGUCAGACUGAACUGCUGGAGAUGAUGGAGGAGCAGCAGAAAGCAGCAGAGAAACAGGAGCAAGAGCUCAUUGAAGAUCUGGAGAAGGAUAUCACUGAGUUAAAGAUGAGAAACAUGGAGCUGGAGCACCUCUCACACACUGAAGAUCACCUCCACCUCCUACAGAUGUACUCAUUCCUGUGCACCCCUACAAACACCAGGAAGUGGCCUGAGAUCAGUAUGAAGACUCAUGGGAGUCUGGAGACUCUGAGGAGAGUGCUGACUCAACUGCAGGACACUCUAAACAGGAAAAUCAGUCAUUCAGUAUUUGGAGAACGUUCUGUGAUCCCAGGAACAUGCUGCUCACAUGAACUGAAGUGGAUGCAGCAGUAUGCAGUGGAUGUGACUCUGGAUCUUGAUACGGCUCAUCCUAAACUCAUCCUGUCUGAUGAUAGAAAACAAGUGAGACACGGAGGGAUUGGAAAGAAACUCCCAGACAACCCAAAGAGAUUUGAUACAGAUGUCUCUGUCCUGGGAAAGGAGGGAUUCUCUUCAGGGAGAUUUUAUUUUGAGGUGCAAGUGAAGAGAAAGACUAAAUGGGAUUUAGGAGUGGCUAGAGAAUCCAUUAAAAGGAAGGGAGAUAUCCCACUGAAUCCUAGUAAUGGAUGCUGGGCUGUGUGGCUGAGGAAUGGGAAUGAAUAUAAAGCUCUCUCUAGUCCCUCUGUCUCUCUGCAUCUGAAAGUGAAGCCACAGCGGGUCGGUGUGUUUGUGGAUUAUGAGGAGGGCCUGGUUUCUUUUUAUGAUGUGGAGUCCAUCUCUCAUAUCUACUCUUUCACUGGUCAGUCUUUCACUGACAAACUCUAUCCAUUUUUUAGCCCAUGCCUUAAUGAUGGAGGUAAAAACUCGAGCCCACUGAUCAUCACACCUGUCAUUCACGAUACGUGAAUUUACACACACAGCAGUGAACACACACACAAACACACACACCAUGAACACACACCCAGAGCAGUGGGUUGUAUCACCCAGGGAUCAGUUGGGGAUUCGUUGCCUUGCUCAAGGGUCUCAACUCAGUUGUGGUAUUGAGGAUAGAGGAGAGCGCUGGUCAUUCACUCCCCCCACCU